AUGGCUUUAUCCAUUGUAUUUGGUAUUAUAGUAGCCGUGUGUCUCGUCUCAACAAUAAUUUUUUAUACAUUUAUGCGUUCUCGAGAAAAACUUAAAUCAUCAUCGAUGGCAUCAAUCAACGAAAAACAACAAAUUAAAUAUUCUUUAAGACCAUCGAUGCAUAUUAUAACAAGAAAAUUACAUCAAGAUUUUUCAUUUCGCACAAGUCUAUCAAGUGAUAAAAGUAAUCAUUCAUCAUCAACAAUAAACGAGUAUGAAGAAAAUGAGCUAAAUUAUAAAACACAACGUAAAUCUGUUGGAUCACUACAGGCAACAACAACAACACCAUUACGUUCAGCUAGUAUGGUGACUAAUUUGUUUCAACCACGUCGUACGCCUGGUUCAAAUUGGCGACAAGGUUCAAUUGUUGAUCCAAAUCAAAUGGCAUUGAUUCCAUUUUCACUUCCAAUUAAUAAUAAUAAUAAUAAUAAAUAUCGACGCCGAUCUGUUGCUAUAUGCAAUAAUUUGCUUGAAACAAGAGAAAAUGUAAUGGCAAUAAAAGAUUUAAAAUUAUCUUGCCUGCUGUCAUUUUCAAUAGUUCAUUUAAAAAAUUCACAAAUUAAAAUUCAAUUUCAUUCAUUACAAUCAUUACCAUCAAAUAUUCAUCUUGAAAAUUUAACAAUUAAAGCUAAGUUAAUACCUGACGGAAAAGAAAAAUCUGUUAGAAUUAAAAAAAGUGUUCAAAAUGAAGUUACAUUUGAAUGUGAGAAUAGCGAAUUCUUUGUUUUAUUUUCCAAUCUUUCGUUAGAAAAACUUCUCGAACGAAGUUUAUCAAUGACAAUCAAUGGCAAAGAUCAAGCAAAAAAAUCACUAUACCUUGGUCAUAUUGGAAAAAUUAAUUUUAACCAAGUAAAUAAAUUCAACAAUGAAUGUCGCGUUGAUUUUCUUCAUGCCAUUGAAAAAACUAAACCAUCAUCAAUAGAACUACUUGUUUCACUUGAAAGAAAUGAUGAUCAACAUAUACAUGUUGUUGUACAACGUAUGAAAGGUUUAAAAAUUGAUCAAAAAAAACUUGCUGCAGCAUGUUAUUUACAAAUAGUUCUUCUUGAUCGUCACCGACCAUUAACAAUACAAAAAACAAAAUCUUAUCGAUUAACAUCAUCAAAUUUUGUUAUUGGUGAAGAACAUGAUUUUAAUAUAUUAACUUACAAUGCCAAUAAUCUUGAUCGUUUAAUGAUUGCGUUUAAUUUAUAUUCAAAUUCAAAUAAUACAAAUGAAUAUCAAUGUAUAGCUCAUGUUAAAAUUGGAUCACCGUUACUUUGCUCUGGUAGUGGCACUGUUCAUUGGCAACAAUUUAAAGCUCGAGAAUCAUUUUCAAUGUGGCAUACAUUCAAUAAAGAACAACAUUAA